AGGCACUUGGCAGAAUGCUCAGUGUUCCGUUCCUGUCCUGUGUACUGUGAACUCGCCGUAAGCGUUCUUUCACUUGUGAACGCGUGGUGUAAUCCCUCUCUCUAAAGUGCAUUCAUGCUAGUGUAUAUCUCUCCAAAGUGUAUUCAUACCAGUGUACUCUCUCUCCAAAGUGUAUUCAUACCAGUGUACUCUCUCUCCAAAGUGUAUUCUCUCUAUAAAGUCAAUUUACCAACUGAACUCAUUAUCAACCAGCAUUAGGCUACGCUGUAUAUCGCCUCUCCACCAAGUGCAUUCUCUCCAAAAAUACACCAUCCUCCCUAGUGUAUAAUCUCUUCCCCAGCACACACACACACACACACACAAACACAAAGUUAUACUCGUGUGGACUUUACACACGGCAGCAGAGAGUGUUUGAGAGCUCGUAGCCUAGUCCUCUAGCGGGCCGCCGCGAACUCCAUGUGGCGCACAUGAAGCCAGCAAACAGCUUUCUGGCGCACGGGGCCAGGACGCACUUCUUCAAUGGCCUGGACUCCACCUUGAUGCUCGAGUAUGGUCGACCUCGAGUAGCAGUGAGCAGUGGCCUCCAUCCCUCCUUGUCUCUCCCUCACUACCCUCACUCCUCCUUCCUCACAAGCAGGAAUGGGCACGCUGGUAGGGCACCUCGUGCCCGGCACCUUCUUCAUGCUGUUCGGCGCCUGGUUCACCUACCGAGUAUACCUUCGCUACUUCACCUGUCUGCGGGCGGAGGCGGUGCUGGGGGACAAGCACCGAGCUCGCUACCGCAACACCGCAUCCUUCCGCUGUGGAUGCUGCCCGCAUCUUCCUCUCGAGGGCAUACUCAAGAUCGCCGCUGCCGCCGUAGGCAUGACGGGUGAGUUCGCGACGGCGUUCGAAGAGGGCCAGUUUAAAGCCAUCGGGAACGCCCAGCACAUGUCCAUGUUCUUCUUCUUCGGGCUGAACGGUGUCCUGGAUGUCCUCACCCACUACCGCAUGCCUCUACCGCCAGAUAUGGACUUCGUCUCCGCCGCCCUCGCCCUCUCCAUGGAGGCGCUUCUCUUCUACUACCACCUACACGGGCGCAGCCCCAUGGAUGUCCAGGUGCACAUGCUGCUGUUCUACGUGGUGGUGGCGGGCGCAGUGGCCGUAGUUUUGGAGAUGUGUCAGAGAACCAAUGUCCUCCCUGCUCUGGGCCGCGCCUACUUCACCCUCCUACAGGGGACAUGGUUCUACCAGGUGGGGUUCGUGCUGUACCCACCGUGGGACAGGCCGUGGAACCAGCACGACCACUCCGAGAUGAUGAUAAUAACGCUCAUCUUCACCUGGCACAACGCCAUCAUCUUCGUCUUCAUGACCUUGGCUGGAACCGUCAUCUACUUUCACGUCAAGGCGCUGCCCACCUCAGCCCUCUACCACAACCUCUACGACCCCUACCUCUACGACUCUCAGCGUACGGCCCUCUCAGACUUCGACUCCGAUCACACCAAAAAUAUCUUGCAAGAUUCGGAAGAAGAGGAGGAGGAGGUGUGAGACCUUCUUGCUGUAUACUGAGAUUCUUAGGGGGCGAAAUAUUAUGGGGUUUCUGUUCUUGAGUAUUUCAGCAAUGGUUUCCAUGUACGCUUCCUAUUGAAGGCGGAAAGAUAUUAUAUUUUCUUAACCAUCUGCUUGGGCUAAUGGGCAACAGCGACGGCCUUGAUGCUUGCAGGUCUGUGUUCGAUUCCCCGAUAGUCCAAGUGGUUGCGUAUCAUUCUUUCCCUCCGCCCUAUCCCAGUUCCUUGUCCUAUCUCUUCCACGUGCUAUAUACUCCUAUUGGUUUAGCACUUUCUCCGAAUAACUCUUUGUCUUUCAAGAAUGUAAACAUAGCAUGUAAGGAAGUAGUUAUAAUUAAUAGUUGAGUGUAUGGUAGGGAGUUCCAGUAUAAUGCAGAAAACUUUACACAAUGUUCAAUUGCAUGUUGCAGACAGACAUGUGUGACCUGUGCUUUCUCAUAUGUAGUCUUCUUGGCUUGUGAGACUGUGGUUUCUAUGGCUCCUUGAGAGUAAAUCUUGGGAGGAAUUAAUUUGGUAAAUUGGCAUUAUAUUAGAGAAUAUGAUAAAUUAAAUUAAAUCAUGCCCUUUCCGGAUGGUUCUGCGCAAGUAAAAAUAAGUAUAACAGGUUGUGCAAAUACAAUAAAUAGAUAUAAUUGCAUUCUAGACAUUAAAGAUAGAACGACAAAGCAAAUACAACAUAAAUCUGAGAUAUUGCAGGGAGGGAAUUAUCAGGGGAAAGCGUUUAUUGCAAGGUAUUUCAGAUAUUGAUAUUGGAACUUGAGCUAGCUUGAAGUUGCAAUAACUUAAGGCUAGGCAGCCUUUAAGUGCAAAUAGGGGAAUUAAGUGACAUUUUAUUAACCAAUAUUAAUAUCUGAAAUACCUUGCAAUAAACGAAAUGAGACUGUUGCCAAUGAUACCAAUAGACUGAUCAAUAAGGCUUGCAAGAAAUAAAAAUAGAAAUUGACUUUGCACUAUUGCAAAUAUUAUCGACCUACAAAUUAAAAUGACAACCUCAGAUUUUGAAGUAUUCGGAAAUGAUCACAGUUCAAAAGCUACAGUAUUAAAAGCUAGGACAACUUUUGGAAUAAUUUGGUAUUGAUGUGCUCAUGCACGGUAAUCGAACCAGACAAUUACACUGUUCGAACCAGCAAUCGAACCAAUCAUCUAACAAGUUUCUCAGGCUCAGCCAUAACCAGAAUGUUCAGAUUGCAAACUCUGUGUGACAAACCAUUAAAAUCAUUCACUCGAACAUUAUAUUACUUAAUGCCAAACAAUACAAGAUUGUUUUCCUCUUAAUAAUAGUUACAAAUGAACAUUGUAACUAUUUCAUUAUAUCUCGCAUUGUAAAAGAUGUCCAUUCAUAUAUUCUAACUUGAUUUAUAAUGUUCGUUAUUAAAUGCGACUUUUAUUGAACAAUGUUUAGCUUGUGUGAGUGUGAACAAGUUAAUGUUGCAAUUAAAACCGAGUGUUGAAAUAUGUCGUUAAUGAAUGUUAUUCACUGUCCUGUGUGGCAGUGAAUAUGACCACCAUCCUCACUGUCCUGUGUGGCAGUGAAUAUGACCUCCAUCCUCACUGUCCUGUGUGGCAGUGAAUAUGACCUCCAUCCUCACUCUCCU